AAUCAAUUUUUUUAUUUACGUCCACUUAAAAACUCAUUUCCAUCAAAAUGCAAGCUUCUUCAUCUUUAAGUUUGACUUUCUUGGACCCAUCGCCAUGAACCACUUAUUCAAAAAAAACUCUUAUUCCUGGACCCGUUUUAUUUGUGCCAAUUUCAAAAGAUUUGAAUCAAAAUUCCCACAAAAUUCUCCUUUACAGUCACGUUUUGGUGGUGAUGUUGAAGCUGAGUCAUGGAAAUCUAUGGAGGGUCUUGUUUGCAGCCCGGCAAAUUACGUUCCUUUGUCUCCUAUAAGUUUUCUGGAGAGAGCAGCCAUGGUUUACAGAGACAGGACUUCGGUUGUAUACGGUGAUGUGAAGUAUUGCUGGAGCCAGACUUAUGACCGUUGUCUUAAGCUUGCUUCUGCCUUGACUCACUUGGGCAUUUCACGUGGAGAUGUGGUUGCAACGUUAGCCCCUAAUGUUCCGGCAAUGUACGAGCUGCAUUUUGCUGUCCCUAUGGCAGGAGGUGUUCUUUGUACACUUAAUACGCGGCAUGAUUCAAAUAUGGUUUCUCUUCUGCUGAAACAUUCUGAAGCUAAGAUAAUCUUUGUAGACUAUCAGAUGCUUGAUGUUGCUAGGGAAGCACUUGAUUUUCUUUUAACGACAGAAACAAAAUGCCCGACAUUGGUUUUAAUUUCUGAAUCUGAUGGUUUGUUGGCCUCUGGAUUGACUUCAAACAGUUACGAAUAUGAGAGUCUAUUGGCAAAUGGAAACAAAGAAUUUGAGAUUCGACCACCAAAAAGUGAAUGGGAUCCCAUCAGUAUAAACUAUACAUCUGGCACAACCUCGAGACCCAAAGGCGUUGUUUAUAAUCACAGAGGAGCAUACCUGAAUUCGCUCGCAACUGUUUUCCUCCAUGGCAUGGGAGCAAUGCCUGUUUACCUUUGGACAGUGCCUAUGUUUCAUUGCAAUGGUUGGUGCCUCAUCUGGGGAGUGGCAGCGCAAGGUGGUACCAACAUAUGCAUUAGAAAAGUUACUCCGAAGGGCAUCUUCAACAGCAUAACACAGCACAAUGUGACCCACAUGGGAGGGGCGCCAACUGUGUUAAACAUGAUUGUCAAUUCCCUUGUGGGCGACCGAAAGCCACUUCCUCAUAAAGUGGAAAUAAUGACUGGAGGCUCUCCACCACCACCACAGAUCAUUUUCAAGAUGGAAGAGUUGGGCUUUUGUGUAUCUCACUUGUAUGGCCUAACAGAAACUUAUGGUCCAGGAACUUAUUGUGUGCGGAAACCUGAAUGGGAUUCACUACCUCCGUACGAGAGGGUAAAGUUGAAAGCCAGACAAGGGAUGCACCAUCUUGGCUUGGAAGAUGUUAAUGUGAAAGAUCCGAUAACCGAUGAAAGUGUUCCAGCUGAUGGUAAAACAAUAGGUGAGAUCAUGUUCAGAGGAAACACUGUCAUGAGUGGGUACCUUAAAGACUUAAAAGCUACAGAGGAGGCUUUCAAAGGCGGAUGGUUUCGUAGCGGCGAUCUUGCGGUGAGACAUCCUGAUGGUUAUAUAGAAGUGAAGGACCGGAUGAAAGAUAUUAUAAUUUCUGGUGGAGAGAAUAUAUGCACAGUCGAAGUGGAGACAGUUUUAUAUAGUCAUCCUGCAAUUUUCGAGGCAGCAGUAGUGGCACGGCCAGAUGAUCAUUGGGGACAAACACCUUGUGCAUUUGUGAAGCUAAAAGAAGGAUUUGAUGUGAGCGAGGAAGAUAUAAUAAAGUUCUGUCGCGACCAGUUGCCCCAUUAUAUGGCCCCUAAGACAGUCGUUUUUGAGGAUUUGCCUAAAACAUCAACCGGGAAAGUGCAGAAGUUUAUUCUGAGGGAGAAAGCAAAAGCCAUGGGAAGCCUUUCUUGAAAGAUGUAAGAAAUAUGUGUAAAUAUACAUAGUUGCAGAUAUGUAGCGUAUAGGGUGGAAUUUGGGAGAUACUUAUAAAAUAUACGAAUGAAUGAGACAGAAUCUCUAGCCCCAUAAAGGAAGAUACACGGUGCCUAGUGGAUGCAAUGUCAUGCGUAUGGUGUUUAUCGAUGACAAGGGAGAAUCAAUAUGGGAAGAGGUAAUGGAACAACAGUAUAUAUACACCAUUCUUACUCGAUGGUUUCGCUGAAUAUAGUAAUUUUAUGAGCCUCAUAAUGAUUGAAAUGAAUGAACCAAACAUAGCAGGGUGGAUUAGCUGUUGAUGAUCUGGUUGCUCAGGUCCUCGCAGGUUUGAAUUCACAGGAAUAUAAUCCAGUAACACAUCAAGUGAAUGGAAAAGAAGAAGGGCGUCGCUCGAAGUACGGGAUAUUCCGCUUAGCUACGAGAAGAGGUUCGAACAAGUGAACGCUGGGAUAGUUCAGUAAGUCGGAGCAAUCUGAGACAAAAAUCAUCAUAAUCAGUUGAACUAUGGACCAAGGAAUCAUUGUCAAGAAUUUCAACGAACAAGCAACUACAACUCAUGGCAAGGCAGAGGUUAAAGUGCUUAUGCAAAUCAUGUAGAUUUAGAGAAAGAGGAUGAGAAAGAAUGUACAGUUUUAACUGUAACUCAAACUCAACUUGUCAUAUAAGUGGCAAAUAUGAUCAAAUCACUGUGUAGUGAUCAAAUGCUUCUACAGAUAUGAUAGUGGCAAAAAAAUAAUUUUUGUUUGGAGGAAUAUUUUGCUUGGCCGAUAUGUUGUUAAUUUUUUUUUCAAUUUUUUCAUGUUAUUUGAUUUAUCAAUAUUUGAUAAAAUAAA